AUGGGAAAACUCUUCCUGGUCGCCUUCGCCGUGAUCGCAGCCGUGGCUGCCGAUGUCAGCCACCUGCCCUCCAACGAGUACCUGCCUCCCGUCCAGGAGCAGCAGAUCAUCGCUAGCCCCAGCAACGAAUACUUGCCCCCCGUGGAGGCCGAGGCUGCCCCCGCCCACGAGCUGGCCGAUGAUGGCUACCGCUACAAGACCCACCGUCGCGUUGUGCUCCGUCGUCACCGCCGUGACGUCAACGAGCUGUCCAACGAGUACCUGCCCCCCGUCCAGGAGGCCGUUGCUCCAUCCAACGAGUACCUCGCUCCCGUUGAGGCUGCUCCCGAGACUGUCCUGGCUGAUGAUGGCUACCGUUACAAGACCCACAAGCGUGUGGUGAUCCGCCGUCACCGUCGUGAUGUCAACGAGCUGUCCAACGAAUACCUGCCCCCUGUCCAGGCUGCUGCUCCUUCCAACGAGUACCUGCCCCCUGUGGAGGUCGAGGCUGCCCCCGCCCACGAGCUGGCUGAUGAUGGCUACCGUUACAAGACCCACAAGCGUGUUGUGAUCCGUCGCCACCGUCGUGAUGUCAACGAGCUGUCCAACGAGUACCUGCCCCCCACCCAGGAGGCCGUCGCUGCUCCUUCCAACGAGUACCUCGCUCCCGUUGAGGCUGCUCCCGAGACUGUCCUGGCCGAUGAUGGCUACCGUUACAAGACCCACAAGCGCGUGGUGAUCCGCCGUCACCGUCGUGAUGUGAGCCACCUGCCCUCCAACGAGUACCUGCCCCCCGUCCAAGCCGCCGCUCCCUCCAACGAGUACCUGCCCCCAGUUGCCGCUCCCGUCCAGGUUGCUGCCCCCCUCGCCGAUGAUGGCUACCGUUACAAGACCCACCGUCGCGUUGUCUACCGUCGCCACCGUCGUGAUGUCAACGAGCUGUCCAACGAGUACCUGCCCCCCGUCCAGGAGGCCGUUGCUCCAUCCAACGAGUACCUCGCUCCCGUUGAGGCUGCUCCCGAGACUGUCCUGGCCGAUGAUGGCUACCGUUACAAGACCCACAAGCGCGUGGUGAUCCGCCGUCACCGUCGUGAUGUCAACGAGCUGUCCAACGAGUACCUGCCCCCCGUCCAGGAGGCCGUCGCUGCUCCUUCCAAUGAGUACCUCGCUCCCGUUGAGGCUGCUCCCGAGACUGUCCUGGCCGAUGAUGGCUACCGUUACAAGACCCACAAGCGCGUGGUGAUCCGCCGUCACCGUCGUGAUGCUGCCCCCUCUGCCGAGUACCUGGCCCCCGUGGAGAACACCGUCGAGGUGGCUCCCGCCCACCAGCUGGCCGAUGAUGGCUACCGCUACAAGACCCAGAAGCGCGUUGUGAUCCGCCGCCACUAA